CUCAUCUCGACGCGACCGCGACGAUGCCGCGCGAAAUCAUCGGCGUCCAGCUCGGACAAUGCGGGAACCAAAUGGGCUCCGUGUACUGGCAGCGCCUCUGCGCAGAGCACGGCAUCAACAAUGAAGGCAUACUUGAAGAGUGGGCCACAGAGGGUGGGGACCGAAAGGACGUGUUCUUCUACCAGGCAGACGACGAGCACUACAUUCCGCGCGCUAUUCUUGUUGAUCUAGAACCUCGAGUCAUCAACAAUAUCCUCACUUCCCCCUACGCCAAUCUCUACAACCCCGAGAACAUUUUCGUAUCGAAAGACGGUGGUGGUGCAGGGAACAACUGGGCCCAGGGGUAUGCGGCAGGCGAACGGAUAUACGAGGAGGUCAUGGAGAUGAUCGACCGAGAAGCUGAGGGAAGCGAUUCAUUAGAGGGCUUCAUGGUUAUGCACUCCAUCGCCGGCGGCACCGGCUCCGGCCUCGGCUCCUUCCUCCUCGAGCGCCUCAACGACAAGUUCCCCAAGAAGCUCAUCCAAACCUACAGCGUCUUCCCCAACUCCCAAGAGGGCGACGUUGUCGUGCAGCCCUACAACUCUAUGCUCACCCUCAAGCGGCUUGUGAACCACGCGGACAGCGUGGUCGUGCUCGACAACAGCGCCCUCGCGCGAAUAUCGGUGGACCGGCUGCAUGUGCAGACGCCGUCAUUUGAUCAGACGAAUCAGUUGGCGGCGACUGUUAUGGCGGCAAGCACACAGACGCUACGAUACCCAGGCUACAUGAACAACGACCUUGUUGGCAUCAUCGCCUCCCUCAUCCCUACACCCCGCUGUCACUUCCUCAUGUCCUCCUACACGCCAUUCACGAGCGACCAAAUUGAGCAGGCUAAAGCCAUCCGCCGCACCACCGUCCUCGACGUCAUGCGCCGCCUCUUGCAACCCAAGAACCGGAUGGUGUCGACCACACCGAGCAAGACGGCCUGCUACAUUUCCAUCCUCAACAUCAUCCAGGGCGAUGUCGAUCCGACGGACGUCCACCAAUCCCUCCUCCGCAUCCGCGAGCGGCAGCUCGCCAACUUCAUCCCUUGGGGCCCCGCCUCCAUCCAGGUCGCGCUCUCGCGCCGCUCGCCCUACGUGCAGACGAACCACCGCGUGAGCGGGCUGAUGCUGGCGAAUCACACGAGUAUUGCGUCGCUUUUCAAGCGCAUGCUCGACCAGUUCGACCGCCUGCGGAAGAAGAACGCGUUCAUGGAGCAGUAUAAGAAGGAGAAGAUGUUCGAGAACGGGCUGGAGGAGUUUGAUGAUGCGAGGGCCACCUGCGACGAGCUUCUCAAGGAGUACAAGGCUUGCGAAAGCCCCGACUACAUCUCCUAUGGAAGCACCGAGGGUGACCAAGGGCCAUGAAGGAGAGGGUAGACCUUGGUGUAUAUGACCAUAACCUGGUCCCGUACGACGAUUGACGUCUUCUUACUGUAGCUUACUGGCCUUGCGCUUGUGUAUCAUGUUGCUUUGAUCUUGCUUUGUGCGUGUAUCGCCCAUCUGCCUGC